ACUUGUUUCAUGAAACCCAUUUUAGUUACAGAAAUCUAUCUAUCCAGGAUCAUGACAUAAAAUGUAUUUCAUGCUGCGGUUCAGUGUUCAAAGAAGUUCGAGAAUCAGUGAUGCAAGAGGACUUCUCUUUAGCUCUCCUGCUUUCUUUCCACCCUGAACUUCCAUAACUUAAUGCCAAGGACAUUUCAGCCUUUUCUGGAAAGCUGAGCCGGGAAGAACAUUUUGUGGAGCUAAGGUGCGGAGUAGAAUGGAACAUGCAAGCCUUCUUCACACCCCCUGAGCUCACGGAUGUACUUAUUAGGACAUUAAGAAUGUUUCAGUGCAUCAUUGUGGAUGAGGACCCAUGAAAAUGGGUGAAUCACCAGCUAUGAAACACGAAAACAUACUUUUACUGUUACACAUUGUUUUACAGUCAAGCACCAGACGCUUACUGUCCCCCCACCUUUUCUGUCCUCCAGGGGAGAGGCCUGAGUGGAAGUAGCCCUAGAUUGUUGGGUACCAUACUUGCCUGCCUCUUCUUUAUGUGCACGUUUCCGAAGGGCUUUAACAAGCACAUCUUUGCUGGCGGGUGGGUGUAAGAAGGAGGAGGCUGAAGGUUCUUGCCCUGUCGGGUAACGUGCAGAGGACCCUCAUCAUUGGACUGCGUCGGGAGGGAGUGGGAGCUCUCAGAGGUAGGGGAAGAAGGGGUAUAAAGGAGAGGGGGGAGCCAACCACACAGGGACUCCAAGAAGCCUUAAUAAAAGGCAAAGUGCAUCUUUGCUGGACGGUGUUGGAAACGAGGAGAAACCAACAGAAAAGGACACCACCAAAAGGCAACGGCAAGGGUUUCUGCUUUUUGGAACAUUCUUAACCCAGGGCUCCAGGCCAGUCCCCCACGAGCCAGGUGAGCCGCCGCCACCUCCCCAGCGUCUGCCGGACCUGCUCCUCCAUGAACUUGCCAAAACCGGAGCGCCUGCGCCCCGCACCGCAGCGCAGCCUCCCAAGCUCCGACGGGGAAGACGGUGAGAUCGACAUCUUGGGAGAGGAGGAUGAAGACGAGGAGGAGGAAGAGGAAGACGGAGAGGCGGAGGAGAGCCAGCGGCUCCUAGAGGAGCUGCAACCGCCGGGGACGCAGGAGGCGCGGCGCGGCGCGGGCGCGCUUCCCCGAGAGCCCCCCGAGAGCGGCGGCGCCCCGAGCGACUCCUCCAAGUUCGGCGCCAAGUUCAGGGCAUCGAGCGGCCCUGCGGCGGCCUCUGGGGACGGCCCGCAGCCGGCGAAGCCCCCCUACUCGUACAUCGCGCUCAUCACCAUGGCCAUCCUGCAGAGCCCGCACAAGCGCCUCACGCUCAGCGGCAUCUGCGCCUUCAUCAGCGGCCGCUUCCCCUACUACCGCCGCAAGUUCCCCGCCUGGCAGAACAGCAUCCGCCACAACCUCUCGCUCAACGACUGCUUCGUCAAGAUCCCCCGCGAGCCCGGCCACCCCGGCAAGGGCAACUACUGGAGCCUGGACCCCGCCUCCCAGGACAUGUUUGACAACGGCAGCUUCCUCCGCCGCAGGAAGCGCUUCAAGCGCCACCACCCUCCCCCGGGAGUCCACCUGCACCACCCCUUGGCCCUGCCCGCCGCGCCCGCCGCCCUGCACGGCCCUUACCCGGGCCUGCUGCUCGGGCCGCCCGCCCCGCCGCAGCCAGUCCCGGGGCCCUACCCCGUCGCCGCCGCCGCUGCCGCCGCGAGCCGCCCGUGCGCGCUCCUGCACCCUCACCCGCUUCGCUACCUGCUGCUGUCGGCCCCGGCCCGCGCCGAGACGCCCAAGAAAGCGCAAAGCGCCGACCUGGCCACCCCAGGCGCUCUCUCUGCCCUGCAGCCCUCUCUGCGCUGGCAGCCUCGGGAGGAGGAAAAGGCGCCGGCGGCGCGUCUGGGAGACGGAUGCUCACCCUUCAGUAUUGAGAGUCUCAUGCACGGGGUCCGGGGAGGGGGCACCAGGGCCGCGCAGAGUCCGCCCCCGACCCCGUGGGGCUACUGCCACCUGCUGCAGCGCCCGUCGUGCCUGUGGAACCACCGGGCCGCUAACCCCUUGCUGCACGUGUCCGCUGCGGCCGCCGCGGCCGCCGCCCGAACGAUUUUAGGGCAACAGCAGCCGCCGCCGCAGCCCCAGCAGCAGGAAUGCACCCGCGGCUGCACUCCCAGCGAGGGCGCUUCGCUGGGCCAACACCUGUCCGCCCCCGCGGCGCUGCUGGGGUGUCAGCCUGGAGCAGAAGGCUCUCGGCUGACCACGGUGGCCAGCCUUUCCGGCAGAGAGGGUAUCUUGCCAGCUUUUUGAGUAGCAUCCACACUUUGUCCUGGCGCUGACUCCGCCGGGCGCACCUGCAGCCAAGGCGUAGCGCAGAGCGAAGAGGGGUCCCGCUCUUUUGGUCUUCGGCUCUCACCCUCACCACCCUGCAAGGCAGGGACAACGCGGAUGCAUCUGAAUCCCACAGCCGAACAACCACUAACUGAACCAUACAGUUAGGGUCGCUGCAAAGUAUGUACAAAGCUCAAGUUGGAUGCUGUUCAGACAACCGGGACAUAAACUUCGGCCGGAGGCAACACUUGCCCUUUCUUUUCCAGCCUUCAGUUGUGGCUUCCGGGGCUCUUCCGGUUACACAUUUCCAGAGGAAUUUCGAACGUGAGUGGGACAUUUUGUUCUGGUAAAAAAAGAAAGAAAGAAAAAGAAAAUAUAAAUGUCCAAUGCACAACUUGUUUCCCCUUGUUCACUCCCUGGAAAUUGUAAAUACUAGUCACAAGUCAAAUGCAAAAUACUUAUGUUCUUUAUGAAAUGGAUGUGUAACAUGGAAUUUUAAUUUUGACACAUUUGUUUCUGCUCUGUGCGUCUGAUGUGCCACCUUCUGCGGAAAGAUGUUAAAAUCAAAAGCUAGCUAUAUAGGCUAAAU